CCAGUGUAGGUACAAGUUGUUUAUUCGCGGCUUAGUAAUUAUUAUUUGUAUUUCCAUUACAUACUAUAAGAUAAUUGAGAUCAAGCAUUUAGAUACUGUGAUCUAAGCAAAGUAGUGUUUUACGUGGUAUUUUUAUUACGAGACAUUGAUUAUCCUGAAAAUGAUCGACAAAGUUCAGACAGUAUUGGGCCCGGUUAACCCAUCAGAACUAGGCCGCACGUUGACCCACGAGCAUCUAGCGAUGGAAUUCACCCACUUCUACAAUACCCCACCAACAAUCAUCGCAGACAAGUUCCAAAGUGGAUUCUCUUUAGACAAAGUGGGUUACCUAAGGCAGUACCCAUAUAGUUCUCAGUUCAACUUGCUACUCAAUGAUGACAGUGCCAAGACAGCUGUUUUGAAUGAUGUGAAAGAGUACAAGAGAUGUGGUGGAGGUACAAUAGUAGAAAAUUCGACAGAAGGUCUGAAAAGGGAUGUUAACUUCUACAGACAGGUAUCUGAAGCUACAGGGGUCCAUAUAGUGGCUGGUACUGGCUACUAUAUUGAGGAUGUUCAAGGGAAUGCAUCGAAAAGCUCAGGGGAGCAGAUGUAUAACCACAUGCUGAAGGAAUUGACCGAAGGAUGUGUUGAUAAUAAGGAGAUUAAAGCUGGCUUUAUGGGCGAGAUUGCCAGUGUCUGGCCGCUUAAAGAAUUCGAACGUCGAGCAAUCAAGGCGGUGGGCGAGCUUCAACCGCAAGUAGGGUGUGGUGUGAGCUUCCACCCGCACCGGGUGAUGGAGGCUCCCUUCGAGAUCAUCCGGUUGUAUCUGGAAGCUGGCGGGAAAGCUGACAAAGCUGUCAUGUCGCAUUUGGACCGCACAAUAUUCGAGGACGACAAAUUCCUAGAGUUCUCAGACCUAGGUACUUACUGCCAACUCGACCUGUUUGGAAUAGAGGUGUCGUAUUAUCAGCUGCACGUAACUACCAACAUGCCAUCUGACGCUCAGAGGCUCGACAAGGUUGAACUGAUGAUCAGAGAAGGAAAGGCGGAUCAAUUAUUGAUGUCGCAUGAUAUACACACUAAGCAUAGACUGAUCGACUUCGGUGGCCAUGGGUACUGCCAUAUUAUAAACAAUGUGCUACCUAGAAUGAGGGCAAGAGGAAUCUCUCAGGAAAUUAUUGACAAGAUCACCAUUGAAAACCCAGCUAAAUGGCUCAGUGUUAAAGUUUGAAUGUACUUUUUACCAAGUAAGGUAUUUUAUAGUACAUAUUUGGACAAGAUUAUAAAAUAUCGAA